AUGAACUCAAGAAUACAAGCGAAACCUUCGAAAAUGAUUAAGAAAGCCAGACAUGGCUACACUAGAAGCAUUGACUCUACUAAGCACUCUACCUCUGUUCUGGAUGAGUUUAAGGAACUUAAGACCGAGAGAGGAGAUAUUUAUACCAAUAAGUAUCAAAACUUUAAUAGUUCAACCUUUUCAAAUAACAAAGCUUCUACUGAACAACUAGAACAAAUAAUCCAAGAGGUGCAGACUAUUGACGAGAGAGCUCAUUAUGAACGCAAGCAGAUUAUGAACCAGCAUUUUGACAGAGAAUUCCAGACAAUGGCCAUGAUGAAGGAACUGAAGUUCCAAAAAUUCCUACAAGAGAAGAAAGAUAAGCAAAGUAAGCAACAUAUUGAGGAACUUAAGAGGAUCAUCAUGCGGAAGGAGGAGAAACAUCUUAGUCAGAUCCAGAUGUAUCAGAGCCAACUUAAAAUGAUGCAAGAAGGGAAGAGAUAUCAAGCAUCUGGAGAGAAAAAGAGGUCUAGUUUGAACAAAAGCUUAAAACAGACUAACAAUAAAAAGAUACAUAAAAAUCUUCAACCUUAUGAAGCAUACUGAAAUACUAUGAGGAAGAAGAGAUCCAAGAGGUCUAAUAAGACUAAUUCUGCAGCUUCUUCGCCAAGGAGUUCGGCCUUCUCUGUGACCCCAUUCGAGGAGCAGAACGUCCCACCUUCAAGCUCAGCCAUGACCACUCCGAAAAAGAGUGGCAAAAAGAGAUAUGAGAGUAGUGAAUAUUCAGAUUAUCUCAUGACAACUAAAAGUGCCUCUAAGAGAGCAACUAAGUUCAGUUAUAAUACAAAGAUGAAGAAAUCUGGGAAGAGAAGAAAGUCUGGCAAAUGCGCAUCUUUUGUCUGCAAUGCAAUGGAUUCGAGUAAUCCCUCUCUUCUAAAAACUCCUGAGAAGGUAGAGGUACCUAGAAAUCCAGAGGCAAAGGAUGAAAGAGGAUCUAAAGCAGAUAUGAAUUUUGCUACCCCAAUCUCUUUCUCACACCCUCCUACUGAAGAGCAAUUAGUUCAAGGGGAUAGUUGGGAUCAAAGAGAAAAGAUGCAUCUUACUAAGAGCUUAAAGAAGGAAAAUGGAGAUCCAGUUUCUGCUAUACAAUUUUCCACUUAUGACACCUCAAAAGACGCUUAUAGUAGCGGAGUUAUUCCAAAAAGAAGCUCUAACACAAAUUCUAGAAAAAGUAAGAGCAUAAAGUCUAUGGUCACUUCACAAGCCAGUGAGAACAUUGGAAUUGAUGUUGAUAUUGAAAUCAUAGAUGACUCUGAUUUCCAAAAUUCAAGUGAGGAUUCCCUCUACGAUCCCAAUAAGGAAAGAGCUCAAGACUUUACCGAAAUGUGGACUCAGAAUGUGAAGGAUGAAGACCAACUGAAACUACUAAAUAAAACAAUGAGAACUAUUGCUGAGGUCUCUGAUGAGAAUAUUUCAUCAAAGGAUCAUUCAAAUCUGAUCAAGUCUAAGAAUUCUAAACCUUCUUUUCACUUGAACUCUGUAAAUCUCUCACAGUCACAGUUAGACAUAAAUAAACCAUAUCCUUAUACGAGGAAGGUGAAAUUAAUCCAGCACUGACAGAAGGCACAUGAUGAUCAAUUCUCAUCCCAAAACUCAUACUCUAAGUACAGCUCGGGUCUCAGCCAAGAAAAGAGAAUAUUUUCAGGGUUCAAAGAGUUUACUGACAAUAUCAGGUCUUCUAAUCAAGAGUCUAUCUGAGACACAGAAGAAAGAUAUUGUGAGACUAAUGAAGACUACAAUCCUUUGAAUGACACAGGUAAUCUGACUAUGACAGAAAGAGGCCCAAUUAUGGUCCCUAGAGAGACUGACAAGCAUAUCCCGAGAGAAAUAGACCUAACUAAUUCUAAUGAGCAUUUCCUUGGUUCUUCAUGCACAGAAGGUGUCUCAUCUCCUUCUCAAGCUAUGCCAGUGGUUAUUUUGAGAGCAGAGAGUCAAUAAAGUCCUUAAGCUUAAGACAUUGUGCAUAUUUAUUUUCAAAAACCUGCAAUAUUAGU